GCUUUACAUGGCAAUGAGUUUGCUGUGGGUCCUCCACCAACUAGGUUUGCUCUCUCACGAUCCACAUCUAACCAAGCCUCUUCAGGAUCUUCUUCUGUUAGGGGUAAAAUAAGUUUUCAGAUGAGACGACGAAACCGGAAAAUAGCGUUUGCGUUAGACACAGGUUCGUCUAUUCCUGGAGAUAAUGGUGGAGGAGGGCAAGAGAUGAAUGGAGACAGAACCGGUCUUGGUAGCACUCGGUUGGGUCGAAUUGCGGUUGCAGGAGGCAAACAGUUACUUGGGAAGAUAAACUCUGCAAGAAAAAACUUCCCAAUGAAGAUAUUUCUGCUGCUUCUUGGUUUCUAUACCGCCAAUGCAUUGGCUACCAUUCUUGGACAGACUGGUGAUUGGGAUGUGCUUGUUGCGGGAAUUGUCGUGGCUGCGAUUGAAGGAAUCGGUAUGCUUAUGUAUAAGAAACCGUCGUCUUCAAUGUUUUCAGGGAAGUUGCAGUCUUUUGUUGUGUUUAUGAAUUUUUGGAAAGCUGGUGUUUGCUUAGGUCUCUUUGUUGAUGCUUUCAAGUUGGGUAGUUAAAGACAAAUCCUUCUUUCCUUCUACUAUAAUGUAUAUAUACAUUUGUUACUACCGUUUUUGGAGAUUCACAAGUAUCAAUUAAAAGUUUCAGUUUUGU